AUGCUACAUACACGCACAAUUGCGUUCCUGCUAGUCGGGCUGGUAGUGUUGGUGAAUGCGCAAACGUUUCAGUACUCCCGCGGAUGGACAAACGGCAAGCGAUCCUCGCCGGUGGAACCCAUCGCUAAUCAGGUCCCGGUUUCCGGCAUAUCCCCCGGAGCACUGAGCUCUUUAAAACCGAACGAAAAAUCGCUGCUGCGCCGGUUUUUGCGGAAUCCCUGCGAUCUGCGUGUCGCCAACCUGCUGGCUGGGCAUCCGAGCAAAGAUCUGUACCAGCUGGGAGGUAACAGCUACGACAGUUCGGAGUCGGCCGGAUCCGCCUUCCUUUUACCGCAGUUCCUAAUGGAUCCCGAUGAAGGCAACGGAAACAGCAAUUUGCCCAACGGUCGCCCAAUCGAGGACGAAUUGCGCUUCAAGCGCGGUGCGUCGUCCGGUAUGAGUGAUCCUCGUCAGAAAAUUGCCUAAACAACCUACCCGUCAGCCGUCAUCACACGCCAUCACAGUCAGUCAAUGCUUGAAGAUUAAAAUCUGCGGAAGCAGGUGCCUCCGUUUCGUGGAUUGUCCACGUGGCCCGUAAUCGACAGCACGCCAACGGAAAACGAUGAUUUAAUAAUGAUCCUCUGGUGGGGCAAACGGUCGAAGCGAUCAUUCAUUUUGUUGCCGUUUGACAACGAUGUGUCCCCGAAGUCCCAAAAUGCCCACCCCGUAUGCUUUUCUCGUCUGCCGGUACGCUUUUUCCGGUGGCAGUCGGUACAGGUUGCAGCCAUAGUUACAAAAACCGUCCGUGUACCGAUUUGCACCACAGCCAUGUUGCCAGAAGUAUUGCUGUAUUCCAACCGCGGUGGAGUUCCAGCACCGU